AGUGCUGCCGCCAGUCGGGCCGCUGCGGCCGUGGGGGACGGAUGGGUGUCCUGCUGUCUCCGCGUCCUUUCGCUGCUGCUGCUGCUGCGCCCAACGCCGGGCCCUCGCCCCUCCUCUAGUUGCUGCCCUGAACAGUCCCGCCCGCCGCCUCUCCCCUCGCCUCGGUGCCGGACGGCCGACCUAGGAGCUCGCUGACGCAGACUCUCUCCAUGUAUCCCCGCUGCCCGGGAAGUGGAGUUCUCUAAUGGAUGACUUUUCUAUGAACACAUUCAAGGCUGGCAGAAUGAAGCUGUGCGUGGUUUUUCAGCUUGUGCUUUUGACCCUCUCAUUAUCGGGUUGUGAUCUGGCCUUGGCUCUGAAUCACGAUCCGUGUGGUUCCAUUUCUGCCAAGGUCUUGGUUGCUCAUGUUGGUUCGAGCCACAAUAUAACCUGCUCCUUUUGCAAAGAAGGAACCGCUGAUAAGGUCCAAUGGAAAUAUGGUGGCAACGAGCUUCCAAGCAGCCAAAUCAUUAAGAUCGGCUCCAAUGCUAGCAUGGCGAUGCUGAUCAACCUUGCCCUGACCAGCAGCAAGGGGGGAAAUUUGACGUGCAUGACGGAAGAGGAGUCUUACACUGUGUUAAUUCAAACAGGAUAUCCUCCAGAUGCCCCUCGAGAUAUGAAGUGCGUAACUCACAACUUUACUAAACUCAACUGUUCAUGGGACCGUGGAAGAGACACAAAUAUAGAAACCAACUACAUUUGCUGUUGCCAUUUUAUUUCCAGGUCACCAAACUGCGCACAAGUGGGGCAGGUUAACUUUAUUGAAUCCGAAUUUCUACUAUUUAAUGAUAGAAUAUUACAAAUAACUGCCACUAAUGAACUGGGCACCCAGACAUCAGAAAAAUUCACCGUGAAGGAAAGUGAUAUAGCGUUUGUACCUUACACGCCGAAACUCAAGAGGGUAUUUAAAGAUCCGUCCAAUUCCCAGAUGAUGCAGGUGGAAUGGUUUGAAGAAGGAGACACUUACGGAAUGGAUUUAAAAAUGAUUUUCCAAAUCCAAGUUCUCCUGGCAUAUGACAUGCAAGAGGUCUCGGUGGGAAACCACAGUGAAACCUUGAACUAUACCCAUAAUCGGGUGUUGCAUACGACUUGGACAUCAGAUAUGCCUCUCAAGUGUACAUCCUACUUAGUGAGGAUACGUUCCAUUGGCAAUGAUGAGAAGACCCUCUUCAUGGGUAGAAAAGCAUGGAGUGAAUGGAGCUCACCAUUAAAACUUGAAGGCCAGGAUGUGUCUAAUGAAACCUCCCUUAAAAUCUACCCAGUGGAGGGAACUGUUCUGGAAGCUGGUUCCAAUCCGGCGUUUUGUUGUGUAGCUGGGAAAGGAGAGCAUGCGGAGACGUUAACUUUUGACAACUUAACGUCAUUCAUCAAAUUAAGUGACAGGAGCCUGGCCAUCAGAGUGCCGAAUGUCUCUCCGUCGAUAGAAUCUGGAACAAAUGUCGUUUGCAAGAUGUCCGGGGAAAAAUAUGAUGGAGCAGUUAUAUUUAUUGGCUAUCCGCCUGAUGCACCAAAAAAUGUCAGCUGUGAAACGCGGGAUUUACAAACGUUAAACUGCACGUGGGACCCAGGAAGGUCGACUAGGCUGGUCUCAAAGCGUAGGACAUUCUAUCAUCUCAACACUGGGUCACAGAACUCUUUGCUAUGUAAGGAAGCUUCUCAGGUUUAUCCAGAUUACUGGUGUGCUUACCCCAUUUCAAACAUCAGUGGUAAAACCAAUAUAACAAUACAUGGGAAAAACCCGCUGGGAGAAGCUGAGUCCAGCAUAACUGUUUACGUGACCCGUGUCUUUCGCCCUUUUGCUCCUUAUGAAUGGAAACGGGAAGAGGUAACAAGAGACAGUGUCACUGUGUCCUGGUCAGAUCGAGUGGAUUACACAGGCAUUGACUUGGAUUGUGAGAUUGUGAUCCACGAUAAUCUUGGGAAAACUAUGACACUUAAUCGCUCGGUGACCGGAAAAGGAAUGAAUCAAUGGCACACAAUGACAUUAACUGAUUUAAGGCCCAACACAGAGUAUUCUAUCAGAGCUCGAUAUUCAUCCGUACUUUUUUGGAAGUGGAGUAAAUGGAGCGACGUCGCACAUGCCAAAACUAAGAUUGCUCCUCCAUCGGUGAAGCUGGAUGUCUGGAGAACAGUGAUGCCAAACCGAACUGUGACCACUUACUGGAAGCCACUAUCAGCUUUGGAAGCCAAUGGUCCAGUUUUAUUCUACAAUGUAACUUGGACAAAAGUGGGAAAUGGUUCAAUAAAUAGCAAUGUUGAACAUGGAACUGAUGUCCAGAUUCAUCUUGACCGAGCUGGUUACGUAAUCACCAUCGUGGCUCAAAACGCUGCUGGAGUAUCCCCCCCAUCUGUGAUCAAAAUCCCUCCCCAGCAAGACGAUGAAAACCUGGGCAUUGAGAGAGCCACUGGUGUUGGUGAUGGAAUCAAUGUGACUUGGCGAGGGCAUCUGGCUGACAACUGUGGCUACACCGUGCAGUGGUGCAGGUUGCUCAGCCUACCCAUGUGUAAGGUGGAUUGGAGUAAAUUUCCUCCAGAUACAACCAGUGCCACAAUAAAAUCAGAUGCCUUCCAAGUUGGGGUGCGCUACAGCCUUGAAGUAUUCGAGUGCAGGAGCGAUGGAGACCAUGUGCUCAAGAAGCUAAUCGGGUACACACGUGAACUAGCCCCAGCUGAAGGUCCUCAGGUGGAGGUCAACCAAACCAGCGUGGAGUCGGUACAGAUCGAGUGGAAAGACAUUCCCGUGGAGAAGCAGCGAGGAUUCGUUGAAGGAUUCAAGAUUUAUUACAGCACGCUCUACAACGACUCGGCAGCCAGCAAGCCAAUGACCGCAGUGAAUCAGCAGGCAAAGAUUGUGCUCCGCCCUGACCAGCGGGCAUUCAAGAUCCUGGGCCUCGAAGCAGGAACCACGUACAACGUUGGAGUGAGAGCCUUUACCAAAGGAGGGGACGGCCCCAGUAACAUGGUCACUGUGACCACACCAAACAGCCCCAUUGCCCUGAUCCUGGGGAUUACCUUGCCUCUGAUUGGAUUUGUAGUUCUCGGAGUCGUGCUCAGUAUCUUCUGCUAUCAAAAGCAAGAGUGGAUCAAAGACACGUUUUAUCCUGAUAUCCCUGAUCCAACUAACAGCAAAGUUCUACAGAAUGGAAGCUUUGAUCAGGUGGUCAACUUGUGCAAAACUCUGGAGCCAAAAGAUUGCACGCCCAAUGAAGUGCAAGUGGUGGAGGACAAACAGCGGAGAGCGGAGGGGAAUAAAUACAUCAUGACCAAUCAGCAGGGCGAGGACAACUCUGACAGCGAGCUGCAGGAAGGAGGGGUCAUCUCGUACAGGCCGAGCAGCACAUCUGUUGAGACGGUGGGCGAGCCAAACCCAGCGUUCGAGGCAGUAGCUGCGGUGGUGCCGUGCGUCUACCCCAGUGAGGUGACGUACACGAGUAUCCGAGGCCCUGGGCCCGCUCAUCAGGACAGGGCAGGGGCGGUACAGCUGGAGGACGGGAUGGAGGUGAUCGUCAAGUCAGGAUACCAGCCUCAGGUUCACGUGGCCACCAACCCAGUGCUGGACAGGGAGCAGCUGGACCCUGCGCCUCACGUCAAUGGCUACCAGCCCCAGAUGCACAAGAAGUCGUGGAGCCUCGACUCUGGGAACCUGCCCACGCUGGAGCCAGAGUCUAUCGGCAGCCCAACCUCCAUCAACUCCCAGGCUUUCCUGCUCCCAGAGAUGUUUGGAGAGGAACUGAAGGUCGGUGGCAGCAAAACGUGGUCACUUCCCUUCUUCAACGCCAGAACCUCCUCAAACCCGUACAGCGACGACAAUCUCAGCUGAAGUGCGGAUGGGGAGAGGGAAGGCAUGGAAGUUGAGCAGCCCAGCUCCAAACCCUCAUUAAUCUUUGCUCCUGCCCUUAACCUUAGCACAGAAAGCCUGCUGGAGGACUACAUUUCACUGAUUUCAUAGCUGCAUUCGCCUCCAUCCACACUUCCCAAGGGCUUUAAGCGGAUGGAGGAAUGAUUUGCUAGAAGCAUUUCUGACCGAGUCUCCAGCCACCAGCACCAGGCCUCAGGAGAAGGAUUCCUGUUUGCACCACGGUUUGAGUGACUCUAAACACCUUCUCCAUUGUUCCCGUUCAAUAUUGCUUGCUGUUGUCAGGCUGGGAUCAUCCUUCUCCAAGACUUCACAUUGACUAAAUCUAGGCCGAAUGCUCAGAGCUCUGGAAAGUGGAGUGAUUGAUGUUUGCUUUCUGUAGAAGGUGUGAGACUGUCCACGGGAAUUGGGAUGUGACAAGAUGGGUUUGUGGCAGCUCUAAUCCUUGCAUGCAGUGUUGGUCUGCUGCAGUAACUGACUGUGUGAACCUGCAGGAAAUGGCAAAUGGAACUGAACUGAACAUCAAGCCUCCACUUCCCCAGGAAGAGGCAGACCCAGAGGCAGCUGGACUCCACAUACUCCUGGAUGGGAAGUCAGUCUUUUGUAGCUUAAAUAUUCAGGUUUACAACUGCUUGUAUUUCUGAGAAUCUGACAGAAUUAUCCUGCUGAUUGAGCCAAUGUGUCGAACCUGUGUCACCUUAACCCUGCUCCGAUUCCAUUUAUCAAAAGCUAAGUGGUCAAUAUGCCACUGGUGUGAGCUGAUGCAGAUCAUCUAUGGCCAUUUUAAAUAUCCUCUGCUUCUGGCGUGCAACCAAGUCUGCGCGUUCUGCACCUGAUGUGUCACCUUACAAUCAGCUCGUCUGAAGCAUGAUUAUACUUCAUCUCCUGCCUUUGCCAGGGGGAAAUUCAACCACUUUCAAUCCGUUUGGCUACCUCUUUGACUUACCACAAAACCAACGCUGGGAAUACCCGAUGUAGAAGCUCCGCACAUUAUCCUGGAGAAUAGGGAGUAUGAAAUGCUGUGCUUUUAGGAGUAGGCGUGCGUUGCGUAAAAUAUCAGCAGUUGCAGAGAUGACUACACCCGGAGUCAGUACUAUUUAUCCAGUCCAUUCACAUCAUGGCUACAAGUAUUAGAUGUCAGCUUGAUUGCUCAACUACCUGUAACUCAAUGCAUUUAUAUAGUUAGAUUUCAAUUAAAUAAUGAGGGCGGGAGGGGAAGAAUGUCAUUCUAUAGUUCCAAGAUAUUUUAGGAGCAAGUCUGCUUCCAGAGUCUAGCUCACCACAGCUGUACUUAGUCUCACUGCCCCAUCAGGGCUUGGAUAGUCUACCUGUGGCAACCAUCUGUGAGGCAAAGGACACAUUUACCCACUGAGCUACCGGAAUCACAUUAGCUUCUUCUUCUCAUGUCCAUCGUGUUACAAAUGUUGACCUCGCUGUCAUCGCUGGUCCUGACAUUAGCGGGUAUUGAGGAUAACGUUGAACCUAAUCAGAUGAAGCCUUUGCAUUCCACCAGAAAUUUGCAAAUUGGUUCCAAAGUUGGCUUGUGGCAGAAAGCAUAGGGCAGUGGUCAGCAGGUGGAUGUUCUAGAAUUGACAGAGUGGUACAUGAUUGAGACAGAAGUGUAGGUGACCUGAUAAUGAAAAAUGCAUUAAAUCAAAAAGCUACGUUGAUAAUGCGGAGGGAGGCAAGUUGCAGUCAGACUAGUCACAGACACAGUGCUGGAAUAAGCCAGUGGGUCAGGCAGCAUCGCGAUGCAUUUAUAUCUGUUAUGUUUCGGCUCCGAACCCUUCUUCAGCUAUGGCAGCUGGGCAGAGAAGUGGCAAAUGGACUUCAGUCUGGGAAGUAUGGCAAUGGACAGCAAAUAAGAUAAGUAAAUCCAUACCAAAUCGCAGAAUAAUGGCAAGUGUGGAAAAAUAGGUGGAUUUGAGUGCACAUUAAUAUGAGAAGCAUAGAGAGGGUAGUGUCAAGCUUUUUUUAAACUAGUGGUAAGGGUAUCGGAACUAGGGAAGGUAAGUACAGUUCUGUUUCAUUUUUAGUUUAUUGUCACAUUUAUAGGCACAGCAAGAAGUUUGUUGUUGCGUGCUAGUCAGUGGAAAGACAAUACCUGAUUACAAUCAGUGUACAGAUACAUG